GAAAAUACACUGCGUCUGUGUUCUGCCAUUGCAUUUGAGAGUUGAGCAGAUCGACAACAGUAUCACAAGAUGUCAACACAACAACAAGAAGAGCAGGAAAAAAGAUAUGAUCCAUCAGACACCACAUUAAGAUUUGUCACAAGGCCAGAUGAUAUCACUCUGGAUGAUGACCCCGACUCCUUGAGGGCUGAGAUGUCCUGUGGUCAUGCAGUCACACCGCAGUCUCUCACGGCCUGGUGCCGCAGCCUUCUGGACCAGGGGCAAUAUAAAUUCACUUGUCCUGCACUGGAGGAAGGCACAGUAGAGAAGUGUGGGGAGGAAUGGUCCUACACAGAGAUUCGCAAGCUGGCUGUGCUGACAGCAGAAGAGCAGGCUCACUUUGAGGAGACCAUGGCUAUGUUGGCUGCUGCUGAGUACUGUGAAUACAAAACAUGUCCUGGCUGUCUGUCAUUUGUGGAAAGGCAAGACCUGACCAACCUGUCUGUGCACUGCAAAAUCUGCACCACGCAGACUGGAGAAGUCUAUGAUUUCUGCUGGCAGUGUCUGCGGAGCUGGAUUGGAAUUGCGCCUAGUGCUGACAAGUGUGACAACGAGGGGUGCGUCAACCCAGAUGUGGAGAGGCUGGCCAAGUGUAACCUGCUGACUCUCGAAGAAGUGCAAAAUGUGCGAGUCCCAUCCAUGCGCGCCUGUCCCACAUGUGGCAACAUCGUGGAGCACAAUGGAGCAGGGUGUAAAAACAUCAUAUGCAAUCGGUGUCAGAUUGAGUUCUGCUUUUCCUGCUUGAAACUCACCCCUGAUUGUCUUACCACCAGCAGUUACUUCCUGCUCUGUGAUGGUGGUGUGGCUGACCGCCAGACCAGUAUCCCGUCAUGGGUCAAGUAGCUGUUAGGAGGCGUGUAGUGGAAAGUGCGUGCAGCUGUUGCCAGCCAAUUUGAAUCUCAGUCUGAAUGAAAUACACUGCCUUCAUCUACUUCAUCCACUAUUUAUGUGUAUACUGUUUUACCAAUGUUUUAUGUGUAUGUAAAAUGUAGCCUAGGUGCUCAAACUAUUUCUCUCUCUCACACACGCACACAAUCACUCACUCACUCACUCAAACGCACAGAUGACGACAUGACUUGUCUUAAUAUCUGUCUGUAUAAGAGCCAAUAAACAUGAAGUGUUAAAUUA